AAAUUGCAAAAGCUGGUGGAGCAAGUGAUGAUCGAAGACGAUCGACAACUAUUCGACCUUGUUUGACAUUAGAUGAUUUAAGAGAAAAAAUUAAACAACGAGGUUAUGAUAUUAAAAGAACAACACUUUAUUAUCGACUGUUACCUCAUCGUGCAUCAUCAAGAGAUGGUCGCCGUCAUGUUUAUACUGCUCCAGUUCGUCUUCGUCGUGUUCAAAAUGAUGAUCAUGGAAGACAUGAAGAUGGUCACUUUGCUACAGCAACAAUACUUCCAUUAGGUUUACCUGCAGCUAAAAUUCAAGCAUCAAUGGUAAUGCAGUUGGAUUACCGAAUACGUUUACCAGAUCAUGAUUGGAUAGUUGCACCUCGACAUCAAUUAAUACAAAGUGUAUAUGCAGCAUGUCUUUUAUCUGAAGAUGGAGAUUUAGGUUAUUCAGGUCCAACAUAUAUAGCCAUACGUUCAGCUAAACAUGAUCUAUCAACUGCUGCUUCUCAUGCAUUAGAUUUUGAUCGUCUUGUUUG